AUGGACCACACAGUUCUCCUUGUUGUUGUUCUCCAGCUUUGUGGAACUAACAUAGAAGGAAUGUUUGUGGAUUCAACUGUAAAACUUACUGAGAAGGUGAAACUGGAAAGCACAUAUCCAAAAAAAGCUGUAAUAAUCCAGACAUCCUGGACAAAACUUAUUGUAACUCAUAAAGAAUAUAUAGCUGUCUUGCAUCCAAUCUACGGCAUACAUAUUGUAAACAAAUACAAUGUGAGAAUUUAUUUUGAAAAUGCUUCCAGGGAAGACAAGUCCUUAUCCUUCAUCAAGAGCACUUUGGAGGAUAUUGGUUUGUACUUAUGCUCCAUUGUAACUUACCCAGACGGAAUUUGGGAAAAAGUGAUAGAAAUUAUUCAGCCAGCAGAUGCUUUUGAGGUGUCUGAGAAACAAAAUAAUCACGUGUUUAUUAAGCCAGGAGGAAAUGUCACUUUUACUUGCCCUUAUAAAACUGGAGAUUCAGUGCAGCAAGUGAUAUGGGAAAGGAUUAAAGCAGGUCAGGUAGACACUGUCGUUCUGUGCAACUUAUCAGGAAAGCAAAGCUUUGGUUCAGAUUUCAAAGAGCAUACACUGGUGGAUUGCUCUGAUCAGGCAAACUAGGUGAUUGUCAUUCAAAACAUUACUGCCUCUGACUCUGCAACGUACCGCUGCGUAGCUACUGGACGAAACCAAAUCUAUGUGAUGAGUUUUACUGUGUCUGCAACUUGGGAUCACAAAUGGUUUAUUAUCUACGUAGCUGGAGGAACUUCUGCUGCUGUCUUACUGUUAGUUUUCAUACUGAUCUUCUGUAUCACCACUGCUUAUCACAAAAAAAAGAAGAGGAAGAGGAUCACAGAGGCCUUAUCAAAAGCUUUGUACUCUGCUCAGAUCCAGCCUGCUAACAGUUGUGGAAGAUCCAAUUAUCAUGGCACACGGAACAAAGGAAGAAGAAGAGAAGAAUCAUCACUUGGGCAAACAGAGGAGAUUUACGUCAACUGCAAAAAUGUCUCACACUAG